GUGUGUGUGUGUGUGUCUCCAGGUAUAACGAGCUGCUCUUCAUCAUUGACACCUGUCAGGGCGCCUCCAUGUACGAGCGGUUUUACUCCCCAAACCUCAUGGCUCUGGCCAGCAGUCAGGUCGGAGAGGACUCUCUGUCGCAUCAGCCAGAUUUGGCCAUCGGAGUCCAUCUGAUGGACCGCUACACCUUCUACCUGCUGGAGUUCCUGGAAGACAUCCACCCUGCAAGCAAAUCCAAUAUGAACGACCUGUUCAAAGUGUGUCCCAAGAGUCAGUGUGUGUCCACUCCGGGCCACCGUACUGACCUCUUCCUGAGGGACCCAGGAAGUGUCCUCAUCACUGAUUUCUUUGGCAGCGUGCGCAAAAUUGAGAUCACCAUGGAAACAAUCAACUUGACCGACCCCAUCCAGCAGGUGGAGCUGAGGGAAGUGAUGUUCAAGGUGGAUUGGGGACAACCUGCAUGUAUAAAAACGUGAAUUGAGUUCUCUUUGUUUUAAUUAAAGUGCUG